AUGUUAUAUUACGCGUGUUGUGUCAGUGAUGUCGAUGUCGUAUUUGUUGUCUGCGAUGAUCUGUCGGACACGAGUGAGAUCUCCUUUGAUGGCUGCGACGUGAAGAGCGGUCUCUCCCUUAGGAUUACGUCUAACUCUUUGCCCACUUUUUAUCGCAUAAUUGGUGUGAUUAGUGCGCAUUUGCACACCAGUGAAGCAAUGGCCGGCGAAGCAGUGGAUGCAUCAAAAUUCACGGGACUUUCAAAAUACUUCAAUUCGUGGACAGAUUAUGGCCGAAGAAACGUGUCUUUGGCUACACUGUCUAUGGUUGGACUCGGGAUCCUAUUUCUGGUCUUAAAGCCCAAGAAACAGAAGCAAAUCAAGAAAUAGGCACUAAUUGUAAUCAAUUGUUAGACUUUUUUGCAUUAUUUCCGAUGCAUUCUUGCAUUCAUUGAUUGUUUGAACACAAACUCAAUACUUUGUAUUUAAUUAAACGGUAG